CCUUUGUCUUUUAUCUUUGUGCGGGAAAUCUGAUAUACUCCUCCUCGUGUAUAUAUUCAAAAGGGAGCAGAGAGCAGACAGACAGACAGAAAGACAGAAAAGCCAAGAACGGCAACGCAGCAAUUAGAUUGAGGUCGAUACCGUUCUGGCCCACGACGACACUUGGCAGACGUCGCUGGACAUAAUCGUUCAAUGACAGCAGCCACAAUCGCUGCCUCUGCCGCCGCGGCGUCGUCGUCGUCGUCGUUGUUGUCGUCAUCGUCGCCGUCCGCCGCAAGGAACGUAACGUGCAGUUAACGCCCAGCAGCAAAAACAGCGCCGUAGUCGAAACCGGAGUCAGAGUCACAGUCGAAAUCGAAGUCAAAGUCGAAGUUGGGUUGUCCUCUUUGCACCCGCGGGUCAAUUCACAGCCAGUAAGAAGUGUACUUCUCUGUGAGUGAGAGAGAAAGAGAGAGAGAUACGGACCGAGAGAGAGAGAGAGAGACGUUGAGUUUCAAACAACCAGCUAAAAAAGCCAAGCCAAACCACACGCCCAACGUAAACCGCAAUACGUCAGCAACUGGAAUAUUAACUGCAACAUUAACAGUUGCAGUGUAACAGUAACAUUAACAUUAACAUUAACAGUUCGAGUUGUGCAUAGCAACAACAACAACUAGCAAGCAAGAACAAUGGUCAAAACCUUUCAAGCCUAUUUACCGUCCACAAAUCGGACCUACUCAUGUGUUCAUUGCCGGGCGCAUCUCGCCUCACACGACGAGCUCAUCUCGAAGUCGUUCCAGGGCAGCCAGGGGCCGGCCUAUCUAUUCAAUUCGGUGGUGAAUGUCGCCUGCGGCCAAACGGAGGAGCGUGUCCUGCUCACCGGCUUGCAUGCGGUCGCCGAUAUAUAUUGCGAGUGCUGCAAGACGCCGCUUGGCUGGAAAUAUGAGCAUGCGUACGAGUCCAGUCAGAAGUACAAGGAGGGCAAGUUUAUUAUUGAGUUGGCGCACAUGAUCAAGGAGAAUGGAUGGGACUGAACGAUGGUGGCGUGUGGCACGUGAGCAGAAGUGGCAUGUGGUGGCGCGGCAGGCUGGCAAGGAUAACAGUUAACAGCGGAAGCAGCAGCAGCAGCAGCAGUAGCAGCAGCAGCAACAACAUUGACAGUUGAUUGGCGUGGAGUGCAGCAAAGUGCAAGAAAUGGCUUUUGGAGCAAGCGAGUGCAAGCGAGAAGGCAACACACAGCAGACAGCAGGCGAGCGCCAGCGAUCGAGCAAGCGAGCGAGCGAGCAAGAAAGAGACAGAGAGAGAGAGAGAGAGAGUCGAGUCGAAUCAGAAUCAGAAUCGAAGUCGGAGUCAAGUUGAGAGUUCGAGAGUUUUAGGGUACCACAACAUAUAUAUGCUAUUAUAUAGUACAUAACUCGUCGUAUCUUAUAGAACACAACAAACACACACACACAGACACACACAUGGAGACAGCAAGCACAUCAUUACAUCUACAUCUACAUCUACACAGACCCACACACACAUACACACAUACAGCUCCUGAUGGGCUUGGAGAGAUCUCUGCGCUGGCAGCAGCAGCAAUUUGAACUGAUGCCAUCUAUAUAUAUCCUGGCCUA